CGAUUCGACGAGAAACAAGCAGAAGAACAUCAAACAUGGCGGCGUCCGGUGACAGGGGAUGCUGAUUUCGGGCAGGGUAUUUCAGAACAUCUUCAGUCUUGCUAAAAUAUUUUAGACAUGGCAGGAAGUAAAAUAUUUUUGAGACAAGCGCGAUGUCUAAAGAUGGCGUCUUCACUGUAUUCCCAGCGAGGCUGUCUCCUGCAGGCCCGGAGACACCUCGCUUUGACAUGCCCUUCGGCAGCCAAGAUUGCCCCUCCACGUAGACCUAGAGAAAAAGUGGAGAUUCCCGGACUGGAAGUAAUCACAUACGGAGAGAGGAUGCACUAUGUGCCGGGAUUAGCUAAACCUGUUUACCCGCCGUGGGAGAAAGACUAUAAAGACCCGGGAUAUUACAAGAGUCCUCCAGCCCAGGAGAUGGCGCUGUACAAACAGAAACCCUGUUACGUGUUCAACCAGAGAACCAGCAUGCUGGAAGGUGUGCGUCAGGCUGCUUGGUUGACCAAAACCCAGGUGAACUCGGGUUUGCCGCCUCACCUCCUCACUCUGGCGGAGUCCCUUGAAAGCCGAGUUGAAGAUCAGAGUGAGCGUGUGCAAAACGCCAUCAAGCACGCACGCUUCUGGGACACCACGGAAAGUCGCCCAGACAAGGAGAAGUACAGUAAAACUCUGCUGCUCAAUCUGCUCCAUUUGUGCGCGACCCUCCAGUCCAGUUCUUCAGCACAGAGGAGGAGGAUUCUUGCAGAGAACUAUUCACUUGCCGCUACGUGGAGGAGAGGGGAGGACCUGUUCCAGGUUCGAGGUCAAAACGGGUUGCUGCAGUGCAGCAUGGACGCUCUCCCACAGGUCUGUGAAGAAAAGGACAUUUCCGCCACCGUUGAUCAUGUUCUGGAGACUUUCUAUCCCGUGUCUCCCACCAUCGAUCUGCAGAAGGUCAACGUCUACAAGGAGAUGAACUGCACAGGGUUCAGAGACGACUACCUUUAUCCUCACGCUCACACGCUUUAUUUCCUGGAAUCAACGGACCCUCAAUGGAAGCUCAAGCCGGACCAGUUCAGGGCCAAGAUGUUCAUGUUCGCCUUUGGGAAUGCUUUGGCUCGGGCGCACAAACUUUACGGGACUGAGCCCCAGAGCCUCCUGCAGCGCCCCAUAACCGUCCAGGCGGUGGGGUCUAACGGCAGGAUCUUCCAGUUCCUGGUUUUCCAGCUGAACACCACCGACCUCGAUCAAGAUGAAGGCAUCAAGAACCAGAUGUGGCUGGACGCAGAUGUGGAGCUGUACGAUUUUGCCAAAGUUCGGCCACUCGUCAAGAAGAAGCAAGUGAAGGUCCCAGCUGGUCUGUCAGGAUACAAAGCUGAGGCCUUCAGGAAGUUCCUGGCUCUGUACCUUCAUGGAGCCGCGUAGGACGCAUCAAGCAUCAGAAAUGGAGCCGUUACAAACUGGACCUCAGCUGUUUGCUCUGUAACAGCUUCACACCACUUUGGAGGGCUUUGUUUUUUUUAGAAUCUUCUCGGUUAUUUAAAACCUAAAAGGCUUUUAUUGAUACUGACACUUAAAUGUAUUUCUACCAAAAUAAGGCUGAGGACCGGCGGAUCAAAACAUCCCCUUUAUUCUGGCUGAAAAAUGCUCAGCAAAUUUAUUCUGAACUUGAAUUCGUCCUCAUCGAGCUGAUAAUGACAUUUCUCACUCAAAGCUCUGCUGUUUGUCAGCACCAAGGAUCUGAGGCUUCCACACAUGAUAUUGCCUGAUACUGAAUAUCAACCCAAUGUCAAUAAAUGCUUUAUUGUUGCAAUAAACAUUGAGAUGAGUCACUGUCUAAA